AUGACUGCGCGUAGAGCGUGGAUGCUGUAUCGGAUUACCAGCCUGGAUCAGAUCAAGUCACUUAUCCGUGCCAGGGUACACGUCGUCCAACUCGAGAAGAGUGUUGGUCUUAAGCCAACGUACGGAAGAGUCCCGUAUACGGGUAUCAGCAGUGGUGAUGCCCUUGAUGACCACGUUGAACCACCGGCGAGGACUCUUCUCGACGCUGCACUUUGCUUGGAUCUCAUCAGUGGUUACGAUGGAAUUGACGACCGAUCGGUUGGUAGUCCUCUGCCGGGGUCGACAAGCUUUGCGUCAGCCCUGCAGAGCAGCUUGGAUAGCCUCAAAGAGUUUCGAGUUGGUGUGCUGACAGAAGGUUUCAACCAUGACUUUAUCAGCCCAAUUGUCAAUCAUUCAGUAUUAGCAGCCGCUAGCAGGUUUGCAGAGCUUGGUGCUACUGUUGAGCAGAGAAUAAGCGGAGCACAAAUUCUUCUCGGGUUAAAUACUGGGCGAAGCGGUCUGAGCAUGACGGAAAUAGAUUCUGCGUGGUUACCGUGGACAGACGAUCGGUUUCAGAGGGCAUUUCCAUCCACCAAGGACGUCUUGAUCAAUGGACUCUACCUCGUUCGUAAUAUUCCUGGACUGUACGGAAAGUCAGUGAACAUCGGGCGUCAGAUCAGGGACAAGUACGAGACACUUUCCCAGAGACUCGAUGUGCUUGUCAUGCCCACUACUCCAAUUGUAGCCCCCAAAAACGCGAAAGGGGGCUCCCCCGUGGAUUCGCUGACGCCGAGCAUGGGCCUCACGAUCAACACGGCCACUUUCAACGUGGCCGGUCGCCCUACCAUUUCUAUCCCCAUAGGGCUGGCCCCAGCUUCAGAUGGUGGAGAUGUUACGCUUCCCGUAGGUAUCCAACUGGUUGGGGAGACUGUGGAAAGAGGAAAAGAUUUUUUUCAGGCGGCGCAUACCUGGGAGAUUCAUCACAAUUGGGAAAAAAUGCACUUCCAUGGCAAUUUGUACUGA